AUUUUUCCGGGCAGCGCGUAUUAUUGAUUUGUGUGUUUUGCUUAGCAGAAAAUGUCCAAUUACCGUGGUAUUGGCGGCGGGGGCUUGCCCUAUAAAGUGAAUCCGCACAAAUCCGGCAGUGGCAUUAAUAUGAAUGCAGUGCCGCCGCCCGCCGUGCUCAACAACCAGAGAGGUGGUUACCAGCGCGGUGGCGGCUCUGGAGGUGGCGCUAGCAGUGGCGUCUCAAAACACGGCUACUCGACAUUGGAGUCAAUUAGUCAGUACACGAAUUCCAGUAAUAUUCUUGGCAAACGCAAGCAGCACACGGAAGACAGCUAUUUCGACGAUGACGACGAUGCGCCGCAGCCUCCACAGGCGCCACAGCAGGCGUAUAUACCAGCACCGGGGUCGCCGGGAGCGGUGGACAGCAAGCCAGACACAGAUUCGGAUGAGGAUCCGCUGGAGCAGUUCAUGGCGGGCAUCAAACAGCAGGUGGAAAAGGAGAAGGUGCGCUCCACACAGCCAAAGGCCAGCACUGUGCCACAGGAGAAGGGCGUGCGUGGAGACAUCGAUGACGAGGACGACGAGGAGAGCUACUAUCGCUAUAUGGAGGAGAAUCCGAAUGCGGGACUGCGCGAUGAGGGCUCCGAUCAGGAAAUCGAAUACGACGAGGACGGCAAUCCGAUUGCGCCACCCAAAAAGAAGGACAUCGAUCCAUUGCCUCCCAUUUAUCACUCCGAGAUUGAAUAUGAGCCCUUCGAGCGCAAUUUCUACACACCCCAUGAGGACAUUGCGCAGCUUAGCGAGGAGCAGGUGCGGGAUUUGCGUCACACGCUCGGCGUAAAGGUGACGGGUGCUUUGCCCCCCAAGCCCGUCAGUUCGUUCGCCCACUUCGGCUUCGAUGAGCCCCUAAUGAAGGCAAUUCGUCGUGCGGAAUACUCACAGCCCACUCCGAUACAGGCACAGGCUAUACCCACUGCCUUGUCGGGUCGCGACAUCAUCGGCAUUGCAAAGACUGGUUCGGGAAAGACGGCGGCUUUUGUGUGGCCACUACUGGUGCAUCUGAUGGAUCAGCGAGAGCUGCGUCCGGGCGAUGGACCCAUUGCUCUGAUCCUGGCACCGACACGCGAACUCUCGCUGCAAAUCUACAAUGAGGCCAAGAAAUUUGGGAAGGUCUAUAACAUCAAUGUUGUUUGCUGCUAUGGCGGCGGCUCCAAGUGGGAGCAGAGCAAGGCUUUGGAGCAGGGCGCCGAAAUCGUAGUCGCGACACCCGGUCGCAUGAUCGACAUGGUCAAAAUGAAGGCAACGAAUCUGCGUCGCGUCACUUUCCUGGUGCUCGACGAGGCCGAUCGCAUGUUCCACAUGGGCUUUGAGCCGCAGGUGCGCUCCAUUUGUAAUCACGUGCGCCCAGAUCGGCAAACCCUGCUCUUCUCGGCCACCUUCAAGAAGCGCAUUGAGCGACUGGCCCGCGACGUACUCACCGAUCCUGUGCGCAUUGUCCAGGGCGAUCUGAACGAGGCCAAUCAGGACAUUACCCAGCACGUAUUUGUCUUUCCCAAUCCCCUGCAGAAGUGGAAUUGGCUGCUCUGUCAUCUCGUCAAAUUCCUUUCUGAAGGAAGUGUUCUGAUCUUCGUUACCAAGAAGGCCGAUGCCGAAACUGUGGCCAACAAUUUGCUACUCAAGGAGCACAACUGCCUGCUCCUGCACGGAGAUAUGGAUCAGGCGGAUCGUAACAAAGUCAUCACACAGUUCAAGCGCAAGGAGUGCGACAUUUUGGUCGCCACUGAUGUCGCUGCACGCGGCCUCGACAUCCCCCACAUACGUAACGUCGUUAAUUACGAUAUAGCCCGAGAUAUCGACACCCAUACCCAUCGGAUAGGACGCACGGGUCGUGCCGGCGAGAAGGGCAAUGCCUAUACAUUGGUUACCGAUAAGGACAAGGAGUUUGUCGGCCAUUUGGUGCGUAAUCUGGAGGGUGCCGAUCAGGAAGUGCCCGGCGAUCUCAUGGACCUGGCCCUGAAAAGCUCCUGGUUCCGCAGUUCGCGCUUCAAGCAGGGAAAGAGCAAGAAGCCGGCCAACAACUUCAUGGGCCUGGGCUAUCGUGAGCGUGGCGGAAGUGGCGGCGGCAGCCACUCCUCCUCUUCCAGUGGCGGCAGUGGCGCUGUCGCAAAGGCGGCCUUCGAAGCCAGCACAGCGGCCGCUAAUGCCGGCCCAGCCACAGAUCGUUAUGCAGCCAUGCGGGAAGCCUUUCGUUCACAGUACACUUCCCAGUUUCGUGCCUCCAGUGAUCGCACCUGGGAACAAACCGUGCCCCAGUCUGGUGUUUUUGCAGCCCCGCCACCACCUCCACCACCAGCGAGCUCCACUGCCCCAACCGCCGCUUCAGUUUCAGCUUCGAAUGCCGCAGCGGAUGCCAAGCGGGCCAAGAAGAGUCGUUGGAAUUAACCCAGAAAUGUAGAGAACUCUAAUCAUAAUCACCAUCAGCCCUAACCUGAUCGGAUCAUUAUCCCUCCUCAUCGGUUACUUUUCAUAUAAUUUAAUGUGUAUUUGCUUUUGUUUUAUCAUCAUUAAAAUUACAACUUAUGCGCUAUCUUUAAACUUAAAUAUAUAUUCAUUAUAUAUAUAUAUUAUGUUAAAUUAAAGUAAACACUCGUAUGUACACUCGUCUCUUGCUUUUUCAUCUUCUUCUGCUAAUUCGCCCACGACCGAUUUUAAUAAAAAUUUCAUUAACUGUAAUU